GUAACACUAUCAUUUUGACGUGUCAAGAGUGUAACUCAGCCGCCAUUUGUGAUUGCCAGAUGUUCAAACAGAAGAAGAAGAGCUUUAAAGAAGCCGAGACGGCGUCGUUGGUUUCUCAAAGAAGAGACAGACAGAACAUGGCCGAACCAAACCACAAGCUUCAUGUAGCAGUCUUCCCAUGGCUAGCUUUAGGUCACAUGAUUCCUUACUUACAACUCUCCAAGCUCAUAGCAACAAAAGGCCACACCAUCUCCUUCAUCUCCACGCCUCGUAACAUCGCCCGUCUUCCCAAAACACCCUCCAUAAACUUCGUUUCCUUACCGUUACCUCACGCCGUCGACAACAACCUCCUGGAGAACGCAGAGUCCACCACCGAUGUCCCGGAGACUCACAUCGGCUACCUCAAGAAAGCCUUCGACGGCCUCUCAGAACCUUUCUCCGAGUUCUUACAAGCUUCCAAACCGGACUGGAUAGUGUACGACAUCUUGCACUAUUGGGUCCCUCCUAUCGCCGAGAAGCUAGGCGUGAGACGCGCCCUCUUCUGCACGUUCAACGCAGCUUCCAUCAUCGUCAUAAACGGACCAUCAUCGAUCAUGAUCAACGGUCGUGAUCCACGCAAGUCCGUGGAAGAUCUCAUGGACCCUCCACCGUGGGUCCCGUUUGAGACCAACGUAGCUUACCGUCCCUUUGAGGCUAGGAGGAUCAUGGAGUAUCCCACGGCGGGUGUCACCGGUGCUGAGCUGAACGAUAGCUAUAGAACGGGUUUGGCUUACGCUGGCUCCGAGGUUAUAGCGAUUAGAACAUGUACGGAGCUCGAACCUGAGUGGAUUCAGUUGCUCGGUGAGAUCCAGGGAAAGCCUGUGAUUCCAUUAGGUUUACUUCCGGCUAAAGCAACUGAUGAUGACGUGGAUGAUGAUAUCAUAGAAUGGUUAGAUAGACAGAGAGCCAAGUCUGUGGUUUAUGUAGCAUUAGGAACUGAAGUGACGGUUAGUGAGGAAGAGAUACAAGGUUUAGCUCAUGGGUUGGAGCUUUGCGGGUUACCUUUCUUUUGGACCAUAAGGAAAGCUUCUGUGUUUCUUCCGGAUGGGUUUGAAGAGAGAGUCAAAGGCCGUGGGGUUGUUAGAGCAGAGUGGGCACCUCAGGGUAGGAUUCUGAGCCACGGUUCAGUUGGUGGGUUUGUUACUCACUGUGGGUGGGGUUCAGUAGUUGAAGGGCUUAGCUUUGGUGUUCCUUUGAUCAUGUUUCCGUGUAACUUAGACCAGCCGCUAGUGGCUAGGAUGCUCGCUGGGAUGAAAAUAGGCCAGGAGAUUCCAAGGAAUGAGCGAGACGGGUCGUUCACUAGUGUUUCUGUGGCGGAGACGAUCAGAGUGGUUGUUGCGGAGGAAGAAGGGAAGAUCUAUAGAGACAAUGCUGGAUCAAUGCAAAAGAAAGUAUUUGGGGAUAAGAGAUUGCAAGAUCAGUGUGUGGAUAGUUUUAUCAAGUUUCUGGAGAAUCAAAGAGCGGGAAUGUAGAGAAAAUAAUGAUAAAAAUUACUGUACAGUUUCAACAUCAACGAAAUGUGUAAUAAAAGUUGGGAACAAGGCACAAUCAGUGUAAAUAACUCUGCACAUGUUAAUGUUUUUCAGACAUUAUGAAUAAACUGGGUGAUUCCAACCUAUUAUUUAACUUACAUGACAUAUCAAAUAAAGACAUGUCUACGAGGAAGACAAAGCUCUGCUAAACUCCCAAGAACUUCACAAAUAACUUGCAUGACAAAGAAACAUUUGAAAGAAAACUCACAUAUAUCCCGUAGUAUUAAGGAAACACUUGGCUUGGAUAGGAUCUGAACAAUCAUCAGAACAUAGAUUAACAUAUGAAAACUCUCUUCAAAACCUCAAAAUUAGUUUCU